AUGAUCUCUAGACAAUUCAACGGUCAACACGGCCGGGCUUAUCUAUUUACAAGCGCAGUAAACAUUAGUCUAGGCGAGGCUGAGGACCGACCGAUGACGACGGGGUUGCACACGGUCCGGGACAUCUUUUGCUCUAAGUGUGGGACGACCAUGGGCUGGAAAUACGAGCGGGCGUACGACCAGAAUCAAAAGUACAAAGAAGGCAAAGUUAUCCUCGAAAAGGCCCUCCUAGUCGACGUCGUCUGA